CCAUAUAAGUGACCAAGUAGGAAAUAAGCAAAAGUCACGGCGGGAUGAUUAGAUUCGGGUGUUGUUGGUGCCCUGUCAUGAGUGCGAAUUUAGGGUGCCUUCUGAUUGGCUGCACAGCAGGACCAUCGCCAUGGAGUCAUCUUGUGAUGUCAUCAACCAAGUUAACCUUAGGGCCAGAAAUGACAGUUUUUUCAGUUGUGGCUUUGCAGUCAGAAGAGAAGGAGCAUUUUUCAGUUUUGGCUUUGCAGUCAGAAGAGAAGGAGAAUUUUCAGUUUUGGAUUUGCAGUCAGAAGAGAAGGAGAAUUUUUCUUUGGAGAAUAUUUUAUUGGUUUUAGGCGACGCAAGACAUGGGAAAUUACAUCUCUACGUUCGUAGACCCCAUCGUUGGCCUUAGAAGGAGAAGAUUUCAGGCUCCAUCAAAAUCUUCUCAAAAACAUCCAGCGAGACAUCGCAGCAGCGCUCAAAAGCAGAAUUUGGGUUGGCCGAUCAACGGCGGGGAGCCAACGAGAUGGAUAGAGCCCGGAUACCAUGGACCACAGGCGAGACCAUCUUAUUCCAGCCUGUACUCCACCCCACACUUCACGAGGAGCAUGAAGACCACAGCUCCACCUGUGUCCUCCUUGCUGUUUCCAAUGGAGGAGCAGAAGAAAAAGACGACCUCUGGCAGUUAUUGGCUAAGUGUGCCCCCUAUGGGGCCACCAAUAAGACCGAUGGACCUGACGGCACCACUGCCAUGUUUAACGAUGCCAGACUACUGGCAACCCAUUGAGAUCUUUCCUCUACCUGAGAGGGAAAGACCUCAGCGUCAGGAGCCGGUUCCUCCAUCAGCCUUCGAACUAAUGGUCAGACAGAAGUGCUUGAGAAUGGAAAGAGAGGAGCUAGAAGAGAAGCUGCUGCUCAAGAGGAAUAUCAACGGUACAGAAACACUGUUUUGGCAGAAGCGCAGAAGUUAGCUCGGAAGCGCAGGCUGAAUAGCAUGCAUGAAAGACCAGCUUAUGCUAAGAAACCCUGUUAUUCAGUGUCAUCGUGCGGCACAAGUUGGCCCUCGUAACCACCAAGUGGCUCAUACCACCACCACCACCAGCAAUUUUCUUUGUACGUAUCUCAUCUUCAAGAGAUGGUGGUGAGUAAGAAUAUUCCAUCAGAGAUGUCUUCCACCUAAUUCUACCAGCGGUGCUUCCCCUCCAUCUAAAAUAUGGUUUUAUACACAGGAGCACUCAUAAGCCACUCGGUAGACCCUGCAUUUCUUUUCACUCCAUCCCUCAGUGUGCAGAAGCCGGGAUCUGCAGGCUACCUGUGAUCUAAUGGAAUGGAAGGAAAUGCAGCAUUCACCUAGCAGCUGAGCGGUGCUCAUGUUUAUGGUGCCAUAUUUUUUUGGUCUCCCUUUUUCACACUGCCAUUUCACCAGCGGUGCUUCCCCCUACACCUAAAAUAUGGUGUUAUACACCUAAAAUAUGGUGUUAUACACAGGAGCACCCAUAAGCCACUCGGUAGACCCUGUAUUCCUUUUCACUCCAUCCCUCAGUCUACAGAUGCCGGGAUCUGAAGGCUACUUGAGGUCCAAUGGAAUGGAUAGGAAUGCAGAAUUCUCCCAGCAGCUGAACGGUGCUGAUGUUUAUAGUACCAUUUUUUUUGGUAUCUCUUUUUCACACCAGCGGUGCCUCCCCUUACACAUAAAAUAUGGUGCUAUACACAGGAGUACCCUUAAGCCACUCAGUAGUCCCUGCUUUCCUUUUCACACCAUCCCUCAGACUGCAGAAGCCGGGAUCUGCAGACUGCCUGGGGUCCAAUGGAAUGGAAGGGAAUGCAGCAUUCACUUUGCGGCUUAAAGACACUCGUAUAUAUGCUGCCAUAUUCCCUUCUUUUCCUUUACUUCCACUGCCAUUCCACCAGCGGUGCCCCCCCUUACACCUAAAAUAUGGUUUUAUACACAGGAGCACCCUUAAACCACUCAGUAGACCCUGCAUUCCUUUUCACUCCAUCCCUCAGUGUGCAGAAGCCGGGAUCUGUAGGCUGCCUGGGGUCUAAUGGAAUGGAAAGGAAUGCAGCAUUCACCUUGUGGUUUAAAGAGGUUCAUAUGUAUGUUGCCAUGUUCCCUUACCUUACCAUAUCCCCCCUCUAUUUCCCUUGAUUCAAUAUGGUGCAUUGAUCCUGGGAGUAAAUCCGAUCGCCGUUAAGGGGUCAGGAAGGAAUUUUUCCCUCUAGAGGUUUUUUGCCUUCCUCAGGAUCAAAUUGCGCAAUUUAUCUCAUAGUUAUUAAUAAAGCUGUGCCUUUCACAGAUUAACAUCAA